AUGACGGUCGGAGUGAAGGUCCGUGCAGGAGUGAAGGUCCGUGCAAGAGUAGAGGUCCGUGCAGGAGUGAAGGUCCGUGCAGGAGUGAAGGUCCGUGCAGGAGUGAAGGUCCGUGCAGGAGUGAAGGGCACUAAAGUGGGUGAAAGACCGCCCCGCGCGUCGGACGGGACCGGCGACGGGCUUUCCGGCUAA